AUGGAGGAGUAAAUAUUCAAGAUAGUGAUCAUUGGUAAUAGUGCUGUUGGGAAAUCAUCUUUAUUGAUUCGAUAUUGUGAUGAUACUUUUAGAGAUAUUUAUUUAAGCACAAUAGGAGUUGACUUUCGAUUUAAAACAAUAAAGUUAGAUGGAUAAGGAAUAAAGUUACAGAUUUGGGAUACUGCAGGUUAAGAGAGAUUUAGAAACAUUACAAAUUCAUAUUAUAAAGGUAUAUAUUUAUAAUAUUAAAUAUAGGUGCUUAAGGUAUAGUAAUUGUGUAUGAUGUGACAAAUGCAAAAUCUUUUGAAGAUGUAACUAAAUAUUGGAUGGCAGAAUUAUCUCAUUAUGCAGAUUAAAAUGUAAAAUUGAUGUUACUGGGAAAUAAAAUAGAUAUGGCAACAGAAGAGACUAGAUAAGUAAGUCAAGAAAUGGCUGAACAAUUAGCUAAAGAAUUCAAUAUGUAACAUCAUGUUGUGAGUGCAAAGACAGCUGAAUAAGUAUGAAUACAAAAUAUUAAUUAACAGGUUGAGAAUGCAUUUAUAAAUUUGGCAAGAUCUAUAUAUAAUGAGAAAUCAUUAAGAGAGAUGGUUCAUCCAUAAUAAUAAUAAUUGACUAGUAAAAAAAAUAAAGAUGAAAAGUAAAAGGUAUGUUGUUGAUUGAUCUUUAUUUCGUUUUUGUUUUAAGCAUAUUUAUUAAUUAAUGUCAUAUACAUCAAGAUAUUCAUCAGCAAGACCAUAAACUGUUAAAAGUACAAUAGAAACUAAAAUAACAACAACAACUACAUCUUAAGUUAAUAAGACAGCAGAUUAAUCACCUUAACCUAUACAAAGAUCAGAAGUGAGAAGAUCUAGUCAAAUCAAAUCAAGUGGUACAGUUAUCAAUGUGUAAAUAUAAUUAAUAAUAUUUUAGACCUCCUCCUACAACUGAAAGAAAGUGGUUAGGUAAAAAUCCAGAAGUUGUGUGCUUUUUAUUAGCAUUAGAAAAUGAUAGAAUAAUGAGAGAAAAUAAUAUAUAAUUCAAUAGAAUUAAGGAGUUAGAAGGUGUCAAUGAAUAAUAAGAAAAUAGAAUUAGAGAACUCUAAACUAAAUUAGAUUCAUAAACAACAGAAAUAACUAAUUACAAGUUAAAUUAUAUAUAUUAAUUAGAUCUGAAAUUGAAAAACAUAUUAUAAGAAUUAAAUAAUUAGAAUCUGAAUUAAAUGAAUAUAAAUCUAAAUUAGGAAAUGUAGAUUAAAGUCUUGCUGGUAGAUUAAAAGAAACAGAAAGGAAAUUAUAAGACAGUGAAAAAGAAUUGACUAAUUGGAAAAAUAAAUAUAAUACAGAUAAAACUAAUUGGGAUAAUGAAAUUAGAAGAUUAAAUGAUUUACUCACUUAAAAAUAAAAAGAAUUAGAUGAUUAUAAAAAUAAUUAAGGUAAAAAUUAUGAACAAUUAUAAUUAUAAUUGAGAUAAUAUGAAACUAAAAUUAGAGAAUAUGAAAGUUAAAUUAGUACAUAUAAAAGUGAUAUUGAUCGUUUGAAUAAAUUAUUAUUAGAAAGAAAUUCAGAAAUUGAUAGAUUAAAAAAUGAAUUAAAAACAAGAUUAUAAGAAUUAGAUGAUUGGAGAAGUAAAUUUACUAAUCUUUAAAAUUAAUUUAAUACAAUGAAAUCAUAAUAUGAAUCUAAAAUUAAUGAUUUAACUAAUACAUUAUAAAAUAGAGAUAGAGAUUUAAAUGAUUGGAAAAAUAAAUAUGCUAAAUUAGAAGGAUAAUUUAAUAAUCUUGGAAGUCUUCAAUCAGGAAAUGAAUCUAAAAUUACUGAUUUAUAAAAUAGAAUUUCAUAAUUACAAUCAGAUUUUGAUAGAUAAGCUACAUAAUUAAGAGAUAGAGAUGCAUAAAUUUAAGCAUUAAAAGAAAAACUUUAGAGAUUAGAAUAAGAUAAUUUUACAUUAAAUAAUCAAUUAUAAGAUUUAUAAUCUAGAUAUAAUAAUUUAAUGAAGGAAAAUGAGAAAUUAUAAAAUGAAUUAAGAAAUAGAAAGAAUGAAUUAGAUUUCAUGAAAUAAUAAUUAUAAUAAGCUAAUGAUCAACUUAAGAGAUAUGAAGAUUAAAUUAAUUAAUUAAAUGAAUAAAUUAUGGAAUGUAAAGAUUAAAUUAUGUCACUCUAAAAUUCAAAAGAAAUGUUGGAAAGACAACUUUAAGAUUUAUAUUCAAAAUCUAAUGAUAAUGUAGGUGAACUUAAAAGUGCUAAUGAUUAAUUAGAAGGAAAAGAUAAAGAUAUUGCAGAUCUUAGAGAUUAAUUAAAUUAAUUUUAAGUGGAUAGAUAAAUUAUGGAAUCUAUGAUUAAUACUUUGAAUAAUUAAUUAGCCAAUAAAAAUGAUGAAAUCUAAAGAUUAUUAGCUUAAAAUAAAUUAAGAUUAUAAUAAUUAUUAGAAUUGCAAAGUAGAUAUGCAUAAUUAGAUUAUCUUCUUAGUGAUCUAAAAGGAGUUGAAUUAUAAAAUAAAUAACUAAUUGCUAGAAUUAAUGAAUUAACAUAAUUAGUAGAUGAUCUAAAAAGAAAACUUGCACAAUAAGAAUUAUAAUUAUUAUAAUCUAAAUCCAAUGAAUUUAAAAUUUAAGAAUUAGAAAAUAUAAUUAAAGAAUUAGCUAAGGAAAUACAAAGAUUAAAUGAAUUCUUGAAUUAGAAACUAUCUGAAAAUGAUAAAUUGAAUAUGUAAAUAAUUUCAAUGGAAAAUGAAAUUAAUAAACUUAAAAAUCUAGAACCACUGUUAAGAGAAUUAGAAAAGAAAUUAUAAACUCAUUUAGAUGAUAUUGCUAGAUUAAGAUAAUUGUUGGAUUCAAGAACAAAUGAAUUGAAUGAAUGGAGAUUAAAAUACUCAAAACUAGAACCAAUAGUUGAUGAAAAAAGAUAAUUAGAAGAAAAGAAUAGAUUAUUAGAAAAUAGAAUUUAAGGAUUAUAAUAAGAUAUUUAAAGAUUAACUAAAUAAUUGAGAUAGAAAUAAUUGGAUAUUGAUUAAUUAAAUUGGAUAUUGAAUUAGACAGAAGGAUUAUUAAGAAAUAGAGAUGAUAGCAUAAAUUCACUUGAAACUAGAUUACAUAAUUUAUAAAGAUCAUAUGAUAAUGAAAGAUAGAAAACUUUAAAUUUUGAGUAAAUUUAAAGUUAAUUACAAUAAUCAUUAGAUAAAAUUAAUCAAUUAGAAACCUAAAUCAAAGGUUUAUAAAAUGAUUUAAAUAGAGCCAAAAAGGAAGUCACUUAUUAAUAAAAUGAAAAUGAUUAGAUGAGACAAUAGAUUGCAAAAUCAGAAAUUUCAAUUUUAGAUUUGAAAUAAAAUGAAGCUAGAUACAAAGAAGUUGAAAAUAGAUUAAAUUAAAGUUAAAAAGAAGUUGAAAAAUUAACUAGAUAAUUAAAUGAUAAAUUAUAGGCAUAUGAAGAAUUAAAACAAAAUAAUGGAUUAUUGGAUACUAAAUACAAGAAUCUAUAAUAAUAAUAUUAAGAAUUAUUAUAGAGAUUAAAUUAAUUAGAAUAAAUUAAUAAUUUAUAUUAAAUCUUAAAGGCUAAAGUUUUAGAAUUAGAAAAUAACAAUAAAUAAUAUAAAAUUGAUUAAGAUAGAUUAAAUUCUACUUUGAAUCAAAAACUUUAAGAAUUAAAUGAAUUGUAAAAUCUACUUCCAUAAUUAGAGGACAAGAUCCAUCAAUUAACUCCAUUUGAAGAAAAAGUAUUAUUUAUUUUAAUUUUAAAGUACUCAAUAGUUUAACCAAAAUAUGAAUAGGAAUUGAAUAAAUCUGAUGAAUUACAAAAGAAAAUCAGAGAUUAAGAAUAACAUUUAUAAGAAUUAGAGAAAGUGAAGAAAAUGUAAUAGAGUUUAAUUAUAAUAUAGAGUACAAGAUCAAACAGUGAUAUUGACAGUAUUAUUUGGAGAAUGUGAAGGAUUACGACAAUAAUGUAUGGAUAAAGAUGGAGAGAUAUAGGAUCUAAGAUUUAAUGUAGCUUAAUUAUCAGAUUAAUGA